AUGCAUUUCUCAUCUAUCCCACUUUCGCUGGCUGCAUUGGCCCCACUGGCCAAUGCAUUUCCUGCUGCGAUAAUGGAGGCGGCAGCAGCUGACCCAGAGCUUCUGGCUCGGGCUUCUGAGAUGGCAGCGCAGUUGAAGGGACGACAGGCUGGAGCAGAUGCAGCAUCAGCACUAUUCGAGCCCAUUCCCAUCUUCAACGAAAAGGCACAAUUCAUCAAUGUCACUAAGGGCAGUGGCCACGAGUACGUGGCUCCAGGACCCAAUGACUUGCGUGGACCUUGCCCAGGUCUGAACGCUUUCGCCAAUCACAACUUUCUACCACAUAACGGAUACGCUUCCGUCGCACAGUACAUCGAAGCAACUACAAAGGUGGUUGGCAUGGGCGCCAACUUGGCCCUCUUCCUGUCCGUCCUGGGAGGAGCCCUGGAUGGCGAUGUGUUAAAUUGGAGUAUGGGUGGCACACCGUCCCUUGCACAGGGCGGAGUUACCGGUAUUCUCGGUAACGGCCUUACUGGCUCACACAACAAGUACGAGGGCGACGCAUCCCCAACCAGACCAGAUCUGUACCAGGCUGGCAACAACUACAAAUGUGUCACCGAGCAAUUCCAGGAUCUGAUCAACCACUCGCCCGGUGGUGUGGUCACGCUUGAUUCACUCACAAGCUUCCGCAGCGACAGGUUCGACGCGCAGAAGAAGAGCAACCCUUACUUCUUCAACGGACCCUUCAGUGGUGUACUCGUGCAGCCCGCCGCCGCCGAGAACCCCAUCGGAGAGCUUUCCUAUGAGACCAUCCAGUCUUGGUUCGGUGUAGAGGGAACGAACGGUAACUACAAGGCUGUUCAGGGAACUGAGCGCAUCCCAGACAACUGGUACCGUCGUGCCAUCGAAUACCCAUACGAGACUACCUACUUCGUUGGAGAUGCAUUGAACGCUAUCGCGCUCCACCCCAAGUUCCUCGACAUCGGAGGUAACACUGGUACACCCGACUCCUUCACCGGUGUUGACAUCGGCGAUCUGACUGGUGGUGUCUUUAACGCGGAGACCCUGACUCAGGGCAACAACUUCGGCUGCUUCCUCUACCAGGUCGCCGCUCAGGCUAAGCCAGACAUUCUUCUCGGCCCACUCGACGCACUUACAGGAGCUAUUGGUAGCAUCAUCGGCCAGCUGGGCUGCCCACAGUUGAAGGCUAUUGACCAGUCGCAGCUUGCAAAGCUGCCUGGUUACAACAAGCAGAAGGUUUACGGUUAA